AUGGCUCAUUUCGAAGAAGUAGUGUUGAAACUCAGAAGAUGGGCAUUCCACUCCGAAGAGAAUAAAGGAAGCGAUGAAAAACUGCUCGCUAGCACCACCUCAUCAUCUGCGGCAUCAAUAGACGAAGAAGAUUCUUCUUCAUCUGACAAAGAGACAAGAUCUCAAACUCAUCAUAGAAUCUUUUUCAUCUCCAGCAUCCUCGCCAUAGUCGUGCUAGGAGCCGUAACUCUCACUACUCUUCUUGUAGAUAGCCACAGUGGAGUUGUACCAAAUACUCCCCCGCCGCCUUCCCAAGGCGGCUCCCAAGUGGUCGCCCACUGCGGUAUCUCAGCGCAAGAGGCUAUGGAGCGUGGCUGCCUGUGGGACAUAAUGUCAUUCGGCUGGAUCCACCCUCUUUGUUUCGACAAGGAAGAAUCCGAUCGUUGGGCGGCAAAGUACGGACCAUUCGACUGGUACGUUGAUGACGGACAGGCAGUAGAUGAAAAGGAACAACCUGUCAACGGAACCCUGACGCAGCCGUUGAGUUUGGAUGAGAUUCCUUUCGCACAAUCAGUCUGGACAACUCAGGGGUACCACAUUAUGCAUUGCUUGUAUCUAUUAAAGAUGGUUCAUGUGGCGGCAUUGAACAGUGAUCCGGUAAGCAAUGAGGCUGUGAAUCUAGGGCACACGGAUCAUUGUGUGGGGUUGAUUGGGAAUACUGAUUUGAUUGAAUAUGAUGCCAUCACUACACCUGUGCGGCUGCUUUUUGUACAAUGUGUUACCCUUCAAUGA